GGAGGCCCCUUUUCUAUUAAACGGACCAGAGAGUCGCGAAGCCUCCGCGCUUCCUAGAAGGGACGCUGGCCGAGAAGCUGGGCUCGCUGCGCAGGAGUAAGGGCCGUCGAGUAGCGCGGGUUUCUUCCGCAUUCGCGCCCUCAGGUAGGGGCUUAGCGGAGGGGUGCGGAUAGAUGACGGGUCCGGUCCGGAACCUGGAGAGGGAACCCCGGCCAUGGGGGCUGCCGCAGGUGGACACUGAGGACUUCCUGGAGGCGGUGGCGCCGCGGAGGCUGAUGGCUGCAAUCCUGCCCCAUCUUGGAGACCAUAACGUGGAAGCUGUAUUUGCGACAACUAGGUGGAAGGAGUCGCUGUUGUUUGAGGAUGUGGCUCUGUACUUCAGCAGAGAGGAGUGGGACACACUUGACUGGGCUCAGAAGGACCUCUACAGAGACGUGAUGCUGGAGAAUUACAGGAACAUGAUCUUGCUGGGAUUUCAGUUUCCCAAACCUAAGGUGAUCUGCCUGCUGGAGCAGUGGGAAGAGCCAUGGAUCCUGGAUCUACCAAGAGCUGGGACUAGGAAGGCUUCCAGUAGUGCUUGCUCAGGUUCUGAAGCCAAAUGGAAGAUGAAAAAGCUGACUCCAAAGCAGAAGGUCUCUAAAGACUUAGAGUUGUGUAAGACAUGGGCAGUAAAGCAGAAACCAGCCCAAAGACCUUCAGAAAAGUUACAUAAAUGUAACAAAUUGUUGGACAUUUACAGACUUGCGUUUCCAGCUAUUGGUGAUGAAUGCAACAACAACUUCCUUCAAAACCUUCAUCUUAUUCAAGAUCAGAAUGCUCAAACAGGGAGGAGGCGUGGCCAGUGUGAUGAGUAUGGAAAGCCUUUCAGUCAGAGAUCACUGCUUUUGCAGCAUAAGCAAAUCCCUCCAAAUGCAAAAUCUUACGAAUGCAGUGAAUGUGGAAGAGUCUUCAGGCGUCAGGCAAAUUUUGUUCGACAUCAGAGAAUUCACACAUCAGAGGAUCCCUUUGAAUGCGACAUAUGUGGGCAAGCCUUCAAACAGAAGUCCACACUUGCUGUCCAUAAACAGUGUCAUCUGCAGAAAAAGCCAUAUAAAUGUCAUGACUGUGGAAAAUGUUUCCGUCAGAUGGCAUAUCUUAUUGAACAUAAGAGGAUCCACACCAAAGAAAAACCCUAUAAAUGUAGUGAGUGUGAAAGAACGUUUAGUCAGAAUUCCACCCUUAUUCGACAUCAGCUAAUCCAUAGUGGAGAAAAACCCCAUAAAUGUGUUGAAUGUGGAAAAGCCUUUGGUCGUGAUAAGGCAAGUGUCCUUUUAAGAGGAAGAGAUACUAAAGGCCUUUCCAUCCACUACACAGAGGAAAGGCCAUGUAAGGACACAGUGAGAAGGCAGCCGUCUACAAGUCAGGAAGGAGCAUCAAUAGAAACCAACUCUGAGGGCCCCGUGACCUUGGACAUCCAGCCUCGAGAACUGUGA